AUGGCGGAGUCGAGCGACGAGGAGUUCGCAGUCGACCAGGCGCGCGUGAGCGAGGUUGGGCUCGACGAUGACGGGGAGGCCAUCAGGCGGUCCCGCAUUAGUUGCGCCAACGAGUCGCUGGGUCGCGUGGCUGAUCUGCUCUCGGCGACGCGGCCAGGGAUGCGGCUGUCCGUGCGCCCUGUUCGUGGAGACGGGCUGUGCUUUUUCCGCGCUGCGGCUGCCGAGCUGGGACUUCCAGGCCGCGCGGCUUGGAAGCUGUACAGAUGGACGCUGGUGAAGAUGAUGAAGCAGCGGAACCAGCAAUUGUUCGAGGCGCUGCAGCUGGACGAGUACGCCGUGGAGAGGAGGGCCCGCCUGCAGCAGGUGUUGCCAGCGCAGGUGGCCAGUGGCGUCGCGUGGGGCAGUCUCCCCAACUGGAAGGUGUUCUACGUGGACAUAUGCAUGGGCCUCCAUUCGGAGGACGUGUCGGCAACGCGCCGAUAUGCAGACGCUGUUGUGAUCACGCGCUUCCUGGAGGCUUGUGGCGCUCUCGCUCUGUACGUGCCAUUCAACGCGUGGAGCCAGGCGGCCAUCUUCCCGGACCAGGGGUUGCUGCAGGGACGUGCGCAAAUCCCAGUGCUCGAUUUUGCUUUUGUCCACUAUGACGUCGACGGGUAUUCACACUACGAUGCGGUGGACGUGGCGACGUCAGGAGCUAACGCUCCGCGACCGUGGGAGCCGUCGACCGCGUGCCGGGGGAAGUUCAGCGACCCGUCGUGUUUCGCUGUCGUGGAUGCGCUAUUCGGCGAGGAGGACGUGGCGGCUUUCUGUCAUCAGGCGUCCGGGCGCUUGCAGUUCACUGAGAGGGAGUGCGGCGGGCGCGAGUUCCGGCAGCAACGCGCGCCCGCAGCCGCGGAGGCCCCCGAGUCUGACUCCGACGCCGACCGGGAGUCAUCGCCCUCAGAGCCGGCGUCGGACUCCAAUUCCGAGCUGUCGGAGGCCCCUGCCGGGUCAGAGCAGUCCGACGUUGACCACUUGGCCUGCGGCGCCGACGUGGCGCACACGACGCUGGACGUCGCCCACGAAGCAGCUCGGGCUUUCUCUGCAUUUCUCCGGCAGGACCCGACGCUUCCUCCGCCGUUCGACCCGUCGGACGCCGCAGACAACAUCCAGGAGGUAAUGGACGGAUUGCAGUGGCCGAUCUGCAACUGCGCCGUUCGGCAGCGCCGCUGGACCGGGGAGACGGAAGGGGAUUUGCGGCGCCACGUAAUCAGCUGCCACCAGGCCUGCCUCCCAGCAGCGUGGAGGCAGGGGUGGAACAAGAGACUCGCUGACAGCGCCGACGAUGUCGGCGUCCAUGCCGAGGUGCUGGAGGAGCAGGAAGCGUGGAUCUGGUCCAUCUACUGCCAGGCGGUGGAGGUCCGGGCGCGCACUGGCAUGCCAGCUCUCGGCAUUUGCAGAGACCGGCGGGCAAUUCGCACCAUGAGGCAAGUGGCGAACGAUGCUUGUUUGUCGUCGCUGGUGUGCUUCUGCUGCGGUCAGAUCUACACGAGUGUCGAGGACCCCGAGUCCGCUGGAGUCAGUGAGAUUGGAUGGACGCCACUGCGCGGGCUCUUGCGCAGUUGUCCGCGUGAGCUCCUGGAGUACGCCUUCGGCUUGGACGCGUUCCUGGCGCACUUCCCGCACCCUGCUCCGGACCACCGCGGGACGCGGUCGCACCACUAUCCGACGCAGACAACCGCGUCUUCGCCGUGGGUGCGAACGGUGCGGUGGAAUGGUCCGAACGGAAGCCAGAACUCCAUGCGCUUCCUGUGCUGCCCGGAAGACGUGGUGUGCGACCGUCAGCAUGGAGUUGUUGAUGAGCUGUGCGAGUCGUGCCGCGUACCUCUGUGCUGGCAGUGCCGCGGCAUUUUCGCGAAGACGCGAACGGUGCGGGAGCGAAUCCCGCGUCCCGCCAUCGCCAACGACAAUUUUGUCGGGUUCGUGUCGGCAUGGUGGGAGAAGCACAAGCCCCGGUGGAUCGAGAUGGCCGCGGCCACGCCAGUGUGGACGAGUUUGAUGGCGUUCUACGUCGAGGGCGAUAAGGGCCACCUCAUGAACAAUCAGGCCAUGCAUCCGCACAGUCGGUACGCUGUCCGCGGUAAUCUGGCCAGCUUCCUGGUGCAUUGGGACGACGUCCUGGAGCGCCUGCUCGCCAUCACGGAGAGUUCCAGUGCUGCUGCGGCGCUGCCCCACGACGGCGAGACGCUGGCCCACUUGGUUCGCUUCGAGUUCCGGAUGAAAGACAAGGACGUGUCGAAGCACCUGAAGCACAUGCGCCUCCGCGCUCAUGUGGUGCUGCAGCUCGGCUGGGAGCUCAUCGACCGCGGCCACCCCGCUUUUUGUAGAGAUGCUGGCAAUCCCAUCGCAAUCGCCGCUGCCAAGGAGGCGUUUGAAAGGCGCGUGAAGCAGUGCUACCCGUGGCUCGGCACCCCCCAGGACACCGACGGGAAGGUCCCGCCAGCCGUGGACCGGGCGACGGGGGUGGCGGAUCCGUCCAGGAGCAGUGUGCAGGAUAACAAGCACGCGACUCCGGCGCUGGCCAGCACUGACGUCGCCUCUGUUUUCGACGAUGCCAGACCGACCGCCUGCGCGCCCACAGAUUCGACGUCCCGGCAAGGGACCGCGGGUCAGCGCCAACAGCGAGCCAUGGACGGCGGGCCGGUCGUCCCGUACGUCGCCGACGCGGCCAUGUUGGAGCAGUGGAACGGGAAGUACCCCGCGAUCGCUUUCCCGCACACGCUGCUGUGGCAGAGCGGGGGGCCAGACUUCACGAGGUCUUGGCGCAACGGUGCCGAUGCCGCACAUCGGCGCCGCGCGGUGGGGCGGCCCGAGGAAGUGCAAAACCGGCCGUCCAUCAGCAUGGGGAUGUGGCUUGCAGGCAUGAGUCGCCGAGUGGAACACCAGAUCCGAUCGGACUGGCUCUUCAUCCCAGGCAUGCGCAAUGUCCACUUCCGCUUUUUGGGCAUCACCGCGAGGUUGGGGAGCAAAGUCAGGAAGUACAAGGACGAAGACGGAUCCGCUUUCACGGAGCGCCUGACCACGGCUGUCCGCGGUUUGCACGACCUGUUGGCGAAGGGGUACUACGGGCCGAACAGGCGGCCAAUUGCUGGCAACUUGACGGUGCUGCACAUGGCGCAUGGCCUGGACACAACCCAGAAACAGAUCGUGCACAACAUGCGCUCUGUGACGAGCAGCCUUGCAGGCACCCAGGAGCUGCGUCGCAGGAUGGGCCACGUAUUCCAGUCUGGCGCGAUUGGAUACGGGCACGGGCUUUUCAUCACCCUCUCGCCAAAUGAGAAGCAGUCCUGCUUGGUGAUGCGUCUACACAGAGCACGCCAGGGCGACCCGCUGCUGCGCGCGGGGUGCACAGACGACGCACGGAAUGCCAUGAGGAAACGAUUGGCGUCACGGGAGUGGCCGUCAUUGUCGGAGAGCGCCGACGCGGAGCUCCCCGAUUUCGAUUUGCGUCUGUGCGAAGUGGCCAAUGAUCCUCUCUCGGUCGUUCAGGGCUUCCGCGUCGCCGUGAACGUGAUCUUGGGCCGCCUCCUGGGUCUGCGGUUGUGCGCCGAGUGCGGCGUCGCGCGAAGAUAUCGUAGGCAGCCCCGGUGCUGUUGCACGGACAAGUUCGGCUCCAACUCGCGCCCCAUAGGCGGGAUUUUCGGGGUUGCUGCAGCUUUGCUUGGCGCCGUCGAGAACCAGCACCUAGGCACGCUCCACUUCCACGGGUUCGUGUACCUCGCGAACAUGUUCCAGCACGCACCCUUGACUGAGAUCGCGAGGACAAUUCGGGAGUCCCCUGGCUUGGCGGACGCGGUGAAGGUGUGGCACGCGUGGGUCCACAGGGAAGAGCACUGGGCCCCCGAGGAGCACCGGGAGAGCCUACCGUCGCUGGAGUCUGAGUGGCGGCAGAAUCACCGCGCAUCGGAGCACGUAGGUCUGUGUCGGUGGCCCGCGUAUGUGGACCAUGCCGAGCCGAAGACGAAGUGGGACGAGGGGUGCGAUGCCGUUGCCUGCGACGCCGACGCGGCCACCUUCAAGCAGGCUUACGAGGCAGAUGCGCAGAUGAUUUUCUCGAAGGUCCAGCAUCACCACCAUCCCAACGGGAAGCCGCUCACACACUGCAUCAAGAAAGGCUGCAAACACGGCGACAAGUGCAAGCACGGCUUCCCGAAGACCAUGCUCAUGGCGGCCCCAGAUGGACCGAGAUUCCGCGUUGUGUGCCCUCAGGUGGCCAGGGAAGUCGGGCUUAAAGUGAACGGGCCGAGGAGUGCGUUGGGCGAGAUCGCGGGGCCUCGGAACGACGACUUCCUGAGCGGGACUUGUCCAGCAUUGGCGGUGGCAUUUCGGAGCAACACGCACACGGCGCCGAACAACCGGCUCCCGCUGAUCACAGGCAUUACUCACGACCCGAACUGCCUGUGUCGACACGGCUCCAGAGAAGACACAGAAGAAGGGCACCUUCGACGCAUCGCAUUCGCGGUGCAGCGGUCCAUGUCGAACUCCUCGCGGUACAUCGGCGGGUACAUUUCCAAGGUGCAGCGCGUCGGGAAGAAGGCGCGGGAACUGGCGAAGACCUGCCUGUCCACGCUGGCCGAGCGACUCCAUGGGAAGUCCGAGAUGCAGCAGACGCUCAACACUGUGCACCGCUGCAUCGGGGACUGGGAGGCCAAGGGCGUGGCGCGGACGAUCUUCGAGGAGGUGAACUUGGCGCACUUCGCGGACAGGCCGAACCCGCUCGCAGCGGAGUGCAUCACGUCGUGCCCUGUCGCCGACUUCUACGCGGGCUGCUUCCUCCAGAUCGUGGCCGACGAGACUCGGGCGGGGCGCGCGACGGCGCGGCGCCAGAAGAGGUCCGUGGUGUUCACGGACGCAGGCGAGGUGGCCACUCCGCCGGACGCGACGGCGCGAGCGUACGCCUACCGACCCAAUCAUGCCGAGUUGAAGACUUUGCGCCCGUACGAGUUCGUCCGCUUGUUCGAGGUGGUACCAACGUACCCGCCACCAAGAGAUGCUUCGAAGCCAUCGACGGGCCCGACGGAGUGGAAGGCGAAUUCGCCGCCGGCCGCGGCUGAUGGGCCUCCACGGCCUGGGGUCCAUUAUGUCGUGAAGCCACCCGCGGAGGGAUGCAGGUACUUUGCGCUCGAAGAAGACCCAGACGACAUGGAGUUCGCGCACAUGUACGUGAUUGUACCCCGGGGCGUCCCCGCGCUACCCGUCUUCAUCGGGAGCGCGCCGAGCUUCCGAGUAGCCCUCAAGCACUACCUUCGCGGCCACAUCGUCUCGCCGUCCAACCGCAUCCUGUGGGCGAACGUGCUCCGCACCAUGACGUCGAUGCCGGAGAACGCCGACGAGGGCGAGGACGACCAGGACUCGAAGCCGGUGGAGGCGCUACCCGAGAACGCGUUUCCGGUCCUCAGCCCCAGCAGCAUCAUGGCAGAGUUACGGCGAGUAGACCGAGACGCCGGGGCAGAUGCCGCUGGCGAGGACAUUGGGAACCUCUCCCAUUCGGUGCACAGAGCGCUGGAGCAGAGCAUGUCCUUCUGGGACCCGCCGAACAGGGCGCCCACGUUGAACUUGCCACUGCGACAGUCUGCUCUUCGGCAUUCCAGUGCAAUGCCAGCGGGGGCUCGCGGGAAUGCCCAGGAGCCACCGCGGAAGAUUGCGCGCUCCAAGAUGCGGGAGAAGCUGUACCCUGGCGACGCUGACCUGACAAGCAACAUCCAGAGCUGGCGGAGAGGACUGCAGACGCACCAGAUCACCCCCGACCCGCAGCAGAUGAGCAUCCUGGACGCCGUCGCCGACAGGUGCGUCCAGGAGGCCCGCGAGCAGGACCAGCUGCGCGGAUCGCCAUGCUCCCGGCUGUUCGUUCUCGGCCUGCCGGGUUCAGGGAAAUCGGAGGUCAUCCGGUGGCUGUGCGAGGAGGGCGUGGGGCUGUUCCCCACGUGCAUGGGAUGGGAACACGAGGUGCACUUCAUCAAGACCGCCCCCAUGACUUCCAUGGCGAGCAACAUCGGUGGGCGAACCAUCCACAACUUCAGCAAGCUCGGAAUCGACCUCAUCACGGGAGUCCAGUCCGGCGGGAAGAAGGACCCGGAGUUGUCGGAGAACAUGCUGCACACGAAAAUCCAGCACAUGCGCUGGCUCAUCAUCGACGAGGUGGAGAACGUUUCGGUGGAGUUGCUGGACGCCGUGCACAGGCAGGUGAAGGACUCGACGAGGGACAAGGGAAACCCCUGGGCCGUGGACGCACGCGUUCCAAAACAGUUCGCCAUGUUCGGAGGGCUCAACCUGGUGCUGCUCGGGGACUUAUGGCAGAUACCGCCCGUCAGGAGUCUCAGUAUUGCCGCCAACCCAUUUGUGAAGAGACCCGCCAACGUCGGCCGCAUACUGGAGAUGUUCUGGACAGAGGGCUUGCCGCACUCGGUGACUAACCGCUACGCCCUGGCCCAGUCGCACCGCUGCUCAGACGUGUGGUGGAGAAGCUUUCUCGCCGAAGCGCGCGCUGGGAAUCUGUCGGACAGGAUGUACGAUUUCGUCCACGGCUUCCCCACUGAUGUGCCCGGCUCCUGGAUGCCCGCAAGCCCCGGCAGCGCCGAGGCCUCGACGGGGCACUUCGGCUGCGGGAAGGCGAAGUGCCGCGCGCUCUGGUCAGUUGAGUGGCCACGGAUGUUCGGAGAAGGUCGGGCCUGGGAGGACAUGAAAUCCCUGGAGUGCGCUGAGUGCAGCGCGGAACGCCAUCGGCGCUGCCGCGUCGCCUCUCAGAGCGAUGCCAGACAGCGGGAGGUGAGCACGGCGUUCGCGGACGCGCUGUUCGUGCACCCGUACAACGCCCCGAAGAGCAGGUCGACGGAGUCGCUCUCCCACGCCAGGCAGAACUGGCUCAUGUACCCCGAGAACAAGACUGGCGGAGUUCCGGGUGUGCUGCCGAUCUUCGAGGGGAUGCGGGCGCGGUUCACCACCACGGAGAAUGCGGAGGCGGGAGCCUGCAAGCACUCCUGGGGUACCGUGACGGGCUGGGUCCUCCACCCCGACGACUCGAAGUUGGUGAAAGACCACAGGUCCGAGCCGGAGCUGGUCCUGCAGCACGUGCCCGAGGUGUCCUGGGAUCGCAGUCCCGGCUUCAAGGCCAUGGAGAAGCGCGCGGGGUUCCCGCUGGUCCCGCACUUCGCCGCCACGGCCCACUGCGUCACCGGCGCCACGCUGCCGCAGGCCAUUAUCGACCUCCUGGACGCGCGCACGACGCCCCGCGCAGCCAUGGUCCCCACGGGCUACGUGGCCAUCAGCCGCACCAGGAGGGCUGACGAUCUGAUCAUCACGCAGCCUUUUUCGCCCAUGCUUUUCCGCCAGGGGCAUCAGACGGGCCCAUGGCUCUUGCACUCCCUGACAGCCGGGGAGAUGACGACGGAGCAGGCGGAAGCCGGCUGGGCCAAGGCAGAGAAGGAAGCCGCGUCCAGGUCGUCCAAGAAAUUGGUGGACGUCACUUUCCAGUGCGCCGACUGCCACCAGCGGAAGAGAGCGGGCAACUUCCCAGGCAGCGGCAUGAGAACGAGCGACCCCGUAGAGCACGCCGUGGCGUUGCUGUGCCAGGGCGCGUGGAGGAGGUGCGCCCUGUGCGCGCAGAAGCGGACCUCUGCUGCGGGCGCGCCCGCCGCGGCUGCAGAGCCAUUCGCCGCGAAAGGCAGAGACGUGCUCGUCUGCAAUCGCUGCAAGGAGACUAAAUCGUUAAAGAACUUCAGACGCAGCGAG